AUGGAGAAUUUGUUAAGUGAUAAUUGGGAUGUAAAGCCGAAGCAUGAAGGGGAGGAGGCUCUGCAGAGAUGGAGAGAUCUGUGCGGGGUCGUCAAGAAUCCGAAACGACGGUUCAGAUUCACCGCCAAUCUAUCCAAGCGUUACGAGGCCGCGGCCAUGCGCAAGACCAAUCAGGAGAAGCUGAGAAUAGCUGUGCUCGUCUCCAAAGCCGCAUUCCAGUUCAUACAAGGCAUGCAGCCGAGCGAUUACACUGUUCCUGAGGAUGUCCAGGCGGCCGGCUUCCAGGUCUGCGCAGACGAGCUUGAAUCUAUCGUGGAAGGCCACGAUCUCAAGAAGCUCAAAUUCCACGGGGGCCCACUCGGCCUGGCCCAGAAGCUCGCCACCGACCCUGAAAACGGACUCUCCACCGAGGCCGAAUCUCUCUACCGCCGCCGCCUCAUUUACGGCACCAACAAGUUCCAGGAGACAGAGCCACAGAGCUUCUGGGUGUUCGUGUGGGAGGCUCUUCAGGACAUGACCCUUAUGAUCCUCGGCGUGUGCGCCUUUGUCUCCCUCAUUGUAGGCAUUGCUACCGAGGGCUGGCCCAAGGGAGCCCACGAUGGCCUAGGCAUUGUCGCUAGCAUCCUACUCGUCGUCCUCGUCACCGCCACCAGCGACUACCGCCAGUCCUUGCAGUUCCGAGACCUCGACAAGGAGAAAAAGAAGGUCUCGAUCCAAGUCACUAGAAAUGGGUACCGUAAAAAGAUGUCGAUAUACCACCUCCUCCCAGGGGAUAUCGUGCACCUCUCUAUCGGUGACCAAGUCCCGGCGGACGGCCUUUUUCUUUCCGGCUUCUCGGUUAUCAUCAACGAGUCAAGUCUGACGGGGGAGAGCGAGCCUGUGAUGAUAGGGUCCGAGAACCCAUUCCUGCUCUCCGGGACCAAGGUUCAGGAUGGGUCGUGCAAGAUGCUUGUGACGACAGUCGGUAUGCGGACCCAAUGGGGCAAGCUGAUGGCCACGCUUAUAGAAGGAGGUGACGAUGAGACCCCGUUGCAGGUGAAGUUGAACGGCGUGGCUACUAUUAUUGGGAAAAUCGGACUCUUCUUUGCGGUGGUGACUUUCGCGGUUCUCAUGCAGAAGAUGCUCGGGCGAAAGUGGCGGGAGGGGUCCACGCUGAGGUGGAAGGGUGAUGAUGCGAUGGAGCUGUUGGAGUAUUUCGCAAUCGCCGUGACGAUAGUUGUUGUGGCGGUACCCGAGGGGCUCCCGUUGGCGGUGACACUUAGUCUGGCUUUUGCGAUGAAGAAGAUGAUGAACGAUAAGGCGCUCGUGCGCCACCUGGCGGCCUGCGAGACGAUGGGCUCGGCAACCAACAUAUGCAGCGACAAGACGGGGACUCUCACGACAAACGUCAUGACGGUGGUAAAGUCGUGCGUAUGCUUGAACGUGUAUGACCUGAGCAGGCCCGGGAGUGAGAAAGAGAUGCGUGCCGCGCUCCCGGACGGCGUGGCCAAAUUGCUGCAUGAGUCGAUCUUCAACAACACGGGAGGAGAGGUCGUGGUCAACAGGCGGGGCCGGCGUAAGAUUCUUGGGACGCCCACCGAGACAGCCAUACUCGAGUUUGGCCUCUCGCUCGGCGGCGACUUCCAACGGGAGCGGAAGGCGGUCAAGGUGGUCAAAGUCGAGCCGUUCAACUCGACCAAGAAAAGAAUGGGGGUUGUCCUGGAGCUUCCGGAAGGUGGAAUGAGGGCACACACGAAGGGCGCGUCGGAAAUAGUUCUAGCUGCAUGCGAUAAAGUGAUCAAUUCGGAAGGGGAGGUUGUGCCGCUUGAUGAUAAAUUUUCUAGGCUUCGCCUCAACGAGAUUAUCGACAUAUUUGCGAGGGAAGCUCUCAGGACUCUGUGUCUCGCGUAUAUGGAUCUCGAGAAAGGGUUUUCGUGCGAUGAUACGAUUCCCGAGUCGGGUUAUAUUUGUAUAGGGAUUGUGGGGAUUAAGGAUCCCGUUCGUCCAGGGGUGGCCGAGUCAGUUGCGCUUUGCCGUUCGGCGGGCGUGACUGUUAGGAUGGUUACAGGGGAUAAUAUUACGACCGCGAAAGCCAUUGCUAGAGAAUGUGGGAUACUGACAGAUGAUGGUAUAGCAAUAGAGGGUCCUGUGUUUCGCGAGAAGAGUAUGGAGGAAUUGAUAGAACUGAUUCCCAAAAUCCAGGUGAUGGCUCGUUCUUCGCCGAUGGACAAGCAUACAUUGGUGAAGCACUUGAGGACCACAUUUAAUGAGGUGGUGGCAGUGACUGGUGAUGGGACCAAUGACGCGCCUGCACUUCAUGAAGCGGAUAUCGGUCUCGCCAUGGGCAUUGCCGGGACUGAGGUGGCCAAAGAGAGCGCGGAUGUCAUAAUUCUGGACGACAAUUUCUCCACAAUUGUGACAGUCGCCAAAUGGGGCCGCUCGGUCUAUGUCAACAUUCAAAAGUUUGUCCAGUUCCAGCUUACUGUUAACGUUGUAGCAUUAGCUGUAAACUUCUAUUCUGCUUGUAAGACUGGAAGCGCGCCACUUACUGCUGUUCAACUUCUGUGGGUGAAUAUGAUAAUGGACACGCUUGGCGCACUUGCACUAGCAACCGAGCCUCCUAACGAUGAGCUAAUGAAGAGGGCACCUGUUGGAAGAAAAGGAAACUUCAUAAGUGCUGUCAUGUGGAGGAACAUUUUGGGACAAUCCUUGUACCAAUUUUUCAUAAUAUGGUUCCUUCAAGGAUACGGGAAGACACUCUUCAGGCUUCACGGCUGCCCUGAUCCUGACCUGGUCCUCAACACCAUCAUUUUCAACACUUUCGUCUUCUGCCAGCUUUUCAAUGAGGUGAACUCACGAGAGAUGGAGAAGGUAGAUGUGCUUGAUGGCAUACUGGACAACUAUGUAUUCGUGUUAGUUGUUGGGGCCACUGUCUUCUUCCAGAUCAUUAUUGUCGAGUAUCUUGGGACAUUUGCUAGCACGACCCCUCUCACGUUCAUGCAGUGGUUUAUGAGCAUUUUUUUCGGAUUCCUAGGGAUGCCUAUUGCUGUAGCCUUGAAGCAGCACUUUCCCGUUGAUGCCUAA